AUGAACCUCGGAAACUUUAAAUUUGCAGAAAAAAGCAAAUAUAAAAUUUUAUUCAGAACUGCAAAUUAGUUAUACGAUUUUUGUUCCUCGUAGUAUUCAUUUUUAGCUAAAUAUGAUGAAUAACAUAUUAAUAAUGAUAAACCCAAUUCAUAUGUCAUGUUCUACGUAACAAGGAUAUUAAUGAUUGAGCUGAGAGCACUGGUAUUGUUUAUGAUGGUAAAAGAUUAGUUUAUCAAAUAGUAUUAGGUCUGGUUAUUAAUUAAGUGAUAAUUUGACAUGAUAUGAAAGGCAAGUUUGUAUAUAAUUAAUGAGAACAGAUGUGUCCUCGCAACAUUAUUGUGUCCACAGGUAAACUGUCCAAAGAAUCCACUUCAAAGUGGGCACUCACGAGUAGGAAAAGACACUAUUUUCAAUUAAAUUUUCCCAACAAAAAUCAUGAUGGUUGAUCAAAUGGCAUCUUGUUAUAAACAAAUAUAUAAUAGACACGUCAUUGAAAGUUAUAACAUAGAAGAGAGUCUAAACAGAACUACUUCUGAGUUCUGACUGUAUAACUAUGAAUGCAUGGAAGAAAGAUACCUAAAUGGACUGAUCUAGUGGUCUAUGAAACAUCACAUGAUAACCAGUCACUGCCAAAUGAUUUAUGUUUUGAUCUAUAUACCAAUCUCAAACACACACGUAUGAUAUGUAUAUAUAUGUUUAUGUAUGUACUCAUGUAUGUUGUAUAGACAUGAUGAGGAUAUGGAGGGGGUAGGGUAUGGAUUGGGGUCAAAAGAAAGUGACACAAGUUAAGAGUCUUGUGAUAAAGCAUAAUAGAAGGGAAGUUUGUCAAAAAAUUGUUUUCGAUCCCUUUGUCAGUUAUAAUGCCUUUGCCUUUUUCAAGAAAGGACCUUUGAGAGUGAAUAUAUGAUCGAGAAGUCUAUAUUGUGGUCAUGCCCUUCAUAUGUGUGGGCUCAACACAUCUCUUUCCAUUCUUAUCUUGCUCAAACCCUCUCUUCACCGUUCAUCACUCUCUCAAUAAUUUGAUUCCUUUAUUCUUACGUAGUACAUUGAAAUCCAACAACAUUGAUUAUUAUAGAAAAAAAUUCAAGAAUGCUAUAAGUUCUAGAUGUCAAUAUUUCGUAGACAAAGUCAUAUCUUCUGAUUGUCUUCGUAUGAUUUUUUUUUUUUUUUUUGCAAUAAAUGAUAAAUGAAAUCAUGUACUUCUAGUAUCCAGUUUGUGCUGGUUAUGGUUUAUGAAAUUAGUGAAUAUUUUUCAUGAAAUACAUAUUUGAUCAAUGAGCUCGUGUUACAUCUAAAUUUUUAUAAUUCGACAGUAAGAUGUUUUCAGAUUACUCUGAACUUUGAUGCCAAAUAUAAAAUAUCCCGAUUAAAAAACAGAUACGGAAGAAAGGUGAAGCAAGUGUGCAGCUAUGUCUAGUGAUUUCACUGUGCCCAAUGGGUCAUGAAUAAAUAAAUGAUAUCAGCUGUUUAUAUAUGGUAGAGGGAGUGGGAAAAAUACUAUACUGAUGUCAUGGGGGCCCAAAUUAGACAGAGACCCAACUUCUUAAAACUAUACUAAACACAAAAACAAAAGUAUAUUCUUCGUUUAUAUUCUAUGGUCUAUACGUCUAGGGUGGAGGGAACAUUUGUUUAGCCAUGUUAAUAAUCUUUCUCCGUAGCAACUUACGGUAUUAAUGUCAUGUUACUCAUGCACUUGAAACUCUUUUUUAUUUUUUGAAUUGCUAUAGGAAUUUUUGAAAACACAACUUAUUUAUAAUUUUAUAAAAUAAUAUAAUUUUAUAGUCUCAAAUUGAUUUUUUGGUUCAGUUAUUAUAUCGAUAAAUUAAUAUAUCUAUAAAUUAAUAAAAAAAUUAUAGUCUUGGUGUAGUUCCAACAUUAUUAAUUUAUAGUGGUUUUAUUCGUAAAAUAUAAUAGUUUUAUACACCGAUUGACCAACUUAUCCAAAAAAAACUUAAUUUAAAUGUUAGUUUUUAAAAAAUUGCUAGUUUAUAAAAUUAAUUACAAUAAUUUGGAAAAGGACUUUUUGGUUAGUAAAAAAAAGAACUAUUUUGGGGGGGGGGGGGGGGGGGGGGGGGGGGGUGCAAUUUGCAAAACAUAGCUGAUGAUCACCAAUACCAGUUUUCGGUUAUUCCUAAACCGGUUAUCAAAGUCCGGUAUAUAAGCUCUGUCUUAAUUCGAACCGUUUUCUCGUUAAAGUCCCCUAAACGGCUAAACCUUUCUCUCUUCCACAGAAGCUCACACCGGCUCCGCCGCCGCCACCGGCGUCACUCUUGUACUGUAUGUUCGCUCAAGUUCUCUUCAGAAGAACUCGAUUCCUAGUAGUACGCUCCUUCCACGUCGCCAAGAAGUUCUCGAACCCCCCCGACCCUGAAGACAUCCUCUUCAGUUCCCUCUGUUUGAACCUAAGGCAAAGAAGAUGGAACGCUCUUCACCAGCUCUCCCCAUCUCUCACAAACCCCUUGGCAACCAGAGUCCUUCUCCAGUUCCGAACCUCCCCGAAGCUAGCUCUCGAGUUCCACAACUGGUUCCUGGGGAACAACACCGUCGCUAACCCCUCCGAAGCCUCUUGUGUAAUGAUUCAUCUGCUGGUUGAGUCCAGAAGGUUCGACGAUGCUUUGUCAAUAAUGGCGAGUCUCAUGUCAAAGUUGAGUCCUUUACAGGUCUUGUCCGGUUUGGUUCGAAGCUACGAGCCUUGUGGUUCGAGUACCGACGUGUUUGACUCUUUGGUCAGAGCUUGUACGCAAAACGGCGACGCUGAGGGAGCUUGUGAAGUGAUCGAGCAGGUCAGAGCAGAGGGGUUCAACGUCUCUGUCCACGCGUUGAACAACUUCAUGGGAUGUUUAAUUAAUCUGAACGAGAUUGAUUGGUUCUGGAGCGUUUACAAGGAGAUGGGAUACGUUGAGAACGUGAACACGUUUAAUCUUGUUAUAUACUCGUUUUGUAAGGAGAGUCAUUUGCUCGAAGCGUUGUCAGUGUUUUACAGGAUGCUGAAAAGUGGUGUCUGGCCUAAUGUCGUUAGCUUUAACAUGAUGAUUGAUGGAGCUUGUAAGGUUGGAGAUAUGGAGUUCGCGUUGGAGCUUUUAGGUAAGAUGAGAGUUAUGUCUGGAGGGUUUGUCUCGCCUAAUGAUGUUACGUAUAAUACAGUUGUCAACGGGUUUUGCAAGAUUGGGAGGUUGGAUUUGGCGGAGAGGAUCCGUUGUGAGAUGGUUAAGUCAGGUGUUGAGUGUAAUGAGAGAACGUACGGAGCUUUGGUUGAUGCGUAUGGAAGAUGUGGGAGGUCAGACGAGGCUUUGAGGCUGUGCGAUGAGAUGACGAGUAGAGGACUUAAGGCGAAUACCGUUGUGUGUAACUCUGUUGUUUAUUGGCUGUUUAUGGACGGUGACGUGGAAGGAGCUUUGUUGGUGUUGAGUGAUAUGAUUAGUAAAGAGGUGGAGAUAGACAGGUUUACUCACGCUAUUGUUGUUAGAGGUUUAUGUAGAAACGGGUACGUAGAGGAAGCUGUUAAGUUACAGAGACGGGUUGUUACAGAUGUAGUUUGUUACAACACGCUAAUGCACCAUUUCGUAACGGAGAGGAAGAUGAGAUGCGCUGAUCAGAUUCUAGGGAGUAUGCUUGUUCGUGGAUUGGGUGUUGAUGUUACUUCGUUUGGUACUUUGAUCGAUGGAUACUUAAAGGAAGGGAAGGUGGAGAAAGCUGUGGAUGUGUACGAUGGUAUGGUCAAGAUGAAGAAGAAGCUGCCGAAUCUUGUGAUAUACAAUUCGAUUGUGAAUGGAUUAAGCAAGCGAGGGUUGAGUAAUGCGGCUGAAGCGGUGGUGAAGGCUAUGGAGAGCAAGGACGUUGUGACGUACAACACGGUGUUGAACGAGUCUCUCAAAACCGGGAAUGUGGAAGAAGCUGUGAGUGUCUUAUCUGAAAUGCAGAAGGGUGAGGGUGAGAAGAAGCUCGUUAGCUUGGUGACUUACAACAUCUUGAUCAAUUAUUUGUGCAAGUUUGGGUGCUGCGAGAAAGCUAAGGAGGUUUUGAAGGUUAUGGUUGAGAGAGGUGUUGUUCCUGAUUCUAUAACGUAUGGAACUCUGAUUACAUCGUUUAGUAAGAAUCGCGGUGGAGAUGAAGUUGUUGAGCUGCAUGAUUACAUGGUUCUUAAUGGAGUUAGACCUCAUGAACAGAUUUACAAAUCUAUUGUUAGUCCUCUUCUUGAUGGAGAGACAUAGUUCAAAGCCACAUAAUGGUUUGCAUCUUGUUCGUACGCGUGGACCCUUUGAGGAAUCUAAUCAACGGUCAGCGUUGGGGAAAAGAGAAUGGCUUAGGCUUUAACGUCGACUUGUAAAAAUCGGAGAGAUGCGUUUCAGAGAUUGAGGAAUGGCGUGGUGAGGUAGUGGACUGGAUGCUUCAA